GUAUAUUCACAUUGGCGCUAUCAACCAAACAGCAUCCACACAUUUUCUUCUCCAUGCCUGGAAAAAAUUCCAAAAUCAAGCUCAUCAUCAGUUUCGCCAUUUCCAGAUGACCAAGACGAUGUCGUUUGCUAUUUUCACACCGGCACCAUCUCUACUGCACCCUUCUUCAUCAUCACCAUACACACGAACGAGACAACCCUCUCUCUUUGCUUCCGUCCCUAAAAAUUCAAUCUUUAAUCAUGCUGCGAAAAGCGUUCCUCAAUUAGGUUUUGCUCUCUUAUCUCAAUGGAACGGACUCAAGCAAAUGGGCAUCUCAAUCUCGCACUAUUCAGUAAAAAUGGAGAAGAAGGGAAGAAAAAGGAAAGGCAAAGGAGGAAUUAAUGCUUCUCUAUUUGGGGUUGGAGCUCCUGAAGCUCUUGUUGUAGGUGUUGUGGCUUUGUUGGUUUUUGGACCCAAAGGUCUUGCCGAGGUUGCUCGUAAUUUGGGUCAAACGCUGCGUGGAUUCCAACCUACGAUAAGAGAACUUCAGGAAGUUUCGAGGGAAUUUAAGAGCACCCUCGAGCGAGAAAUUGGCCUCGAUGAUAUAAAAAAUCCCGCGCCAACAAGUUACAUGUCCAACACACCUAGGCCUACACCGCAGGAUUUCAUCACGACAGAUGAAUCUAGUACAAACGUCGAACCAAAACUGCCGGUAGAAUAUGAGGAAACUCCGUCUCCGUCGGACACUGAAUUAAGCGGAGCAUAUACUGCAGACGAAUACUUGAAGGUGACCGAAGAGCAACUCAAAGGAGCUUUUGUCCGUUUGCAGAACGAGCAAUCUCAACUACAGACUCCGUCUCAGGAUACAUCUGAAGAAUCUUCACGAGUGAUGAAUAUAUCUGAGAAUUCGGAAAGUAAUGCUUUUCAAGAAGGAGCUGCUGCAGUAUCGCCUCCCGCCCCAGCACCAAAGAACUGAACUGAUCUACGAAAGAAAAUCGGAGAAUGAUUUUGUUUUUUGAAACGUAGAUAACGAGUCCGAGUAUUCGUCUAUUUUGCUAGAGAGUUGCAGGGGAUGUUGAUUAAUGUUGGCUGCAUCAAUGACAUCAAAAUUUAUUCAGCUUGUCUGUCAAAAAAUAAUCAAAAAUUAUAAUUACGUAGUUACAGAUGCAACACAAAACGACAUUGGCAUGAAGAAAAUGAUAGUUGAAUCAUUAUUUAUGAAAUUUACAAAAGUCUUUGUAAAACGGUUAUAAUUACGACCGGCAAGUGAGCCGGCCCUGCCCGAUUAUAUUUGAGUCGAACUUGAUUUUUAGU